CUCACACUACCAUCACCUAUCUUAGAAAUGGAGUUCUCAAGCUUUUUGUUCACUCUUUUACUCUUUUCACUCAAUAUUUCUCCUCUCACUUCUCUUGUUUCAGCUCAUGGCACUAACCAUGAAGACUUUCUUAAGUGUCUUUCUUACCAGAUGAACCACAACACCGUCGAAUCCAAAGUCAUACACACUUCCAAAGACUCUUCUUUUUUUUCCAUUUUGGAUUCUUCCAUACAAAAUCCAAGAUUCUCGGUUUCCGAAACACCUAAACCGGUCUCAAUCAUAACUCCGGUUAAAGCCAGUGACGUUCAAACCGUGAUUAGAUGUGCACGGUUGCAUGGAAUUCAUGUAAGGACUCGGAGCGCCGGUCACUGCUACGAAGGUCUAUCUUACAUUGCGUACAACAAACCAUUCGUUGUCAUCGAUAUGCGGAAUCUUCGGUCUAUAUCAUUAGACGUUGAUAACCGGACCGGUUGGGUCCAAACCGGAGCAACGGCUGGGGAAUUGUAUUAUGAGAUUGGGAAAAUCACCAAAACUCUUGCUUUCCCGGCCGGUAUUCACCCAACUGUCGGCGUUGGGGGACAAUUUAGCGGUGGAGGUUAUGGCACAUUGCUAAGAAAAUACGGUUUAGCUGCGGAUAACAUAAUCGAUGCACUUGUGGUCGAUGCGAGUGGGAGGAUUCUUGACCGACAAGCAAUGGGCGAGGAGUACUUUUGGGCGAUUCGUGGAGGGGGCGGAUCAAGCUUUGGCGUUAUACUAUCGUGGAAGAUUAAAUUAGUCGAUGUUCCAUCUACAAUAACAGUGUUUAAAGUCAAGAAAACAUCGAACAAAGAGGCCGUUAGGAUCGUCAACAAAUGGCAAUAUGUUGCUGAUAAGGUUCCUGAUGAUCUUUUCAUUAGGACAACAUUGGAGAGAUCAAACAAAAACGCAGUACACGCUUUGUUCACUGGACUUUAUCUCGGUCCCGCAAACAAUCUAUUGGCGUUGAUGGAAGAAAAGUUUCCGGAAUUAGGUCUUGAGACUGAAGGUUGCAAAGAGAUGAGUUGGGUUGAGUCUGUACUCUGGUUUGCUGAUUUCCAUAAAGGAGAAUCUCUUGGUGUUCUUACGAAUCGAGAGCGUACAUCUCAAUCUUUCAAGGGAAAAGAUGAUUUUGUCCAAGAACCGAUACCCGAGGCUGCAAUUCAAGAGUUAUGGAGGCGAUUAGACGUCCCCGAGGCUCGCCUUGCAAAGAUCAUAUUAACUCCAUUUGGUGGGAAAAUGAGUGAAAUCGCAGAGCACGAAACACCAUUCCCACAUCGAGAAGGGAAUCUCUAUGAGAUUCAGUAUGUUUCUUACUGGAGUGAAGAGGAAGACAAGAACAUAACGGGGACAAAUAAAUAUCUGAAAUGGGUCGAUAGCGUUUACGAACAUAUGACUCCAUAUGUUUCGAAAUCUCCAAGAGGAGCUUAUGUCAAUUUCAUGGAUAUGGAUUUGGGUAUGUAUCUUGGAAAGAAGAAGACAAAGUACGAGGAAGGAAAGAGUUGGGGAGUGAAGUACUUCAAGAACAAUUUCGAGAGAUUGGUGAGAGUUAAAACGAGUGUUGAUCCAACAGAUUUCUUCUGCGAUGAACAGAGCAUUCCUCUGCUGAACAAAGUUACCUGAAGAUAUCAUUUGAAGUUUUUUUUAUGAGUCGUUUAUUUUCUCUGUGAAAUCAUCUGUGUGUUGAAUAAUUAUGCUUCAAGUGUGUAACUUAUAUGUGUGAUUGUGAUUUAUGUGUGUUGAAUAAACUUUUCAUGAUUGA